CUAUGUAAAAUCAGUACAUGGUGCUACCUUUGACUUUCACGACUUGACAUGACUAAACAAAACAAAGAAAAGCGAGGGGUUAGUCCAUCAAAAGCGCUGAUCAGCGCAAUUCAUCCGAGCGCCAGCUUUGAGGCUGAUGGAAGUUCUAGUGCCGGAAGCAGCACACCCAGUCCCAUGGAAAAGCCGAAAUCCCCCAAGUUCAUGUCCCGACUAAUGGAACACAACCCUUUGAGCAGAUCAGCCUCACAUCACCACAACCCAGCUGAGGGGAAACGACAAUGUUAAAUUCAGGUCGAUGGAUAUAGCGAAGAAACUGAGACGGAAAGUGGUGGCACCGUCUGCAGCAGUUGACAUGAGGAGUAAUGAUAAUCAGGACGCUCACAAAGACGAGAAGAAGAACAAGAAGAAACUCCGCAAGUUUAUCACGAGCGUGUACUCGGAGAGAACACCAGAGAAACCCGCCGCCCCUGCCCAAUCUAAGGGUCCCGUGUUUGGUAUGCCUCUAGUGACCGCCGUUCAGAGGAGCAGGGUCAGUGACAAGCUCCCCCUAUGUAGGGUCUUUCAGGACAGCGUCAUGUACAUCGAAACUUUCGCGUUAACCAGAGAAGGAAUCUACCGAGUGCCAGGAUUCAGGGCAAAGCUGAACGAACUCAAAAAUAUGUACAACCGAGGAGAAGUGGUGAAGCUGACGAACUACGAUCCAGAAACAGUGGGAAUGUUGCUGAAACUCUACCUGAGAGAGCUACCAGAACCGCUGCUAACCCGGCAACUCGGUGCUCAGUUCGAGGGAGUCCUUCAGUACGAGGACAGUGAGCAGAGGACGGCUAUCCUGUGUGCCAUGUUGAGACAACUCCCGGCGGAACACUACGCUACCCUCGCCUGGCUUUGUCUCCACAUCAACCAUGUCUCUCAGCAUGAGAAACAGAACAAGAUGACACUGUCCAACCUGAUCAUCAUCCUUUCCCCCACCCUUCUCAUCUCCAACACUCUUCUGAGGUGUCUCUGCGAGAACGCACAGCAACUCUUCCCCGGCGUCAUCCUAGACCCAAACACCAAGAUCCCAACCCAAGAAGAACUGAACGCCCUGUCCAAUAACUCCAAUAAAGCAGAACCAGAAGUGGACCAAGCUUCCAUCGACAAAAACCUCCAGUUAGUGAGAGACGAGCUUGUUCAGUCGUAUGUGUGGGUGCAAGCGCGCAAUGACGCGCUGCGCUACAUGAAGGAGCACCUGAAAGCGCAGCUCAAGGAGGAGCGGCAGAUGGUGAGCACGUACCAAGACCAGCUCAGGGAUUUGGAGGAUCAGAAUUAUACCAUUGGUGACACAGUGGUGCUGCGAAACUCACGACGAGGCAAAUCUCAGAACCGUCACUCAGCAGCAGACACGACCAGCCGAAACCUGAACAGCACACAAGCGGCCACCCAUGAAACCGAGGAGGACUUGAAACUUUACCUCAGCACCCUCGAACAGAUGAACAACGAGUACGAGACUGAUAAGACGAGUCUCUAUAACAACAUUAUCACGGAUACGUUUGCCUGCAUUGACGCUUACACGGAAUUAAGAUUCAGACAGACCUUCUCCCAACAGAAAGCGAGUAGUUAAAGACGGCUGAGUAGAAUCUAGCGAGAAUUGAAAAAGAAAUCCCCGACUUUAAAUCUCUACAGAUCGGAAUUAGUCCAACGGUUCACAUUCAACUUUAUAAGUUGCUAAUUAGUUGUGUUAUCUAGCCAAUUAGUCGUUGAUUAAUUGAGUUAUACAGCCAAUUAGUCGCUAAUGAGUACAGCCGAACAAGACCUGACGAGUCACCAUCACCAGUCGUUAAAUGUGACACAGACACAAACUUAUUAUAAUUUGAAACUAUUGAACAUUUUAGUAUUAUUUUAAAGAGUUAAAUUUGAUAUUUUAUAAUGAUAUUGAAUUUAAAGUUUCUGUAAUGAUGAUAAUAAUGAGCUUGAAAUUUAUUUUAAAUUGAAAAGAUACCGAACUAAUUACAAAACUCAUUAUUAUGCUUUUGAUGAAUGUUUAAAUCCUUAAUUUGUCUAGAUUUAUUAACGAUUAAGUCAUUUCAUGAGUGUAGGUCAUUUCAUAGAAGUAGGGUGUGACACUAAUCGGAAUUGAUACAACAUGGUUGGUCAAAACUAAGGGGUUACCACUGUUGUUUUUUGUUUCACUGGCAAAAACGUCAAAAAUGAGCAAUGAGAAAUAAGAUAUAAAAUUUGGAGUCAAUUGGCCAAAAAUUAAUUACGUUAUAUUUGAACGACCUAAAAAUUUGCAAAAGUUUUAAAAGGUUUUAUUUGCAAUAAUUGGCCAAAAGGAAUGAGGUGAAAACGACAGUGGCAAUCCUUUAAAGCACAAAUCUGGAGCGAAACUGAAAACUUGAACCAACAAGUUUACAGAAGGUUCUAAUCAAGUUUUCACUUUUUGUAGGUGACAUGUUUUGAACCUUUAGUUUAACAUAGGUUAGAUGGAAAGUGACACUAGGUAUAGGACAGUCUAGGACCUUGCUUGCUAGUUGUUAUUAGGUGUUUGCUAUUAGGAGUUGUGUGUGACGUGAAAUGUUCAAAAGAUUUAGAUCUCGGAACUUUGACGCGAAUGUCUAUUCGUCUGAUUGACCAUGUAGAUUCCCAUGGUUACGACUGCUACUUCCUGAAAGUACGGUUUUUAAAAUGCUUACAUUCUGUUUAUGAUAUUAGUGCAUCUAUUAUCAUUUAAUUGGAGUGAUAUUUCGCGGUUGUCCAUGUUUCUUAUGAUAAAUUAGUGCGUAGUGACUGUAUAAGUCUUAUUGUUUAAAUUUAAUGAUAGUUAAUCCCUUCAUUUCUUUAUUGAAGAUAUAUAAAUUUCCCAAAUUUGAUGUAAUAUCUUUUAUAAGAUGGCAGAGUACAAAAGUCUGAUGUUUCAAAUUACCGUCAAAAUAUGCUCCACGAAACAAUGUAAUAUAAUUUUCAGCUGGAAAAUUUCUGUAUUACAAUUUCGUUUCUUCUGGGACUAAUUAAAGACAACCGGUUUUCUUAACGUUUCUAAUUAAUUUUAAAAUAUUUGUUUGGUUAAAUAUUUAAAAUCAAGAUCAUCUCUGAAAAAUCAGAACUCAUUCUGCGUUGUAUUUAAUUUGUAAUGUUAAAACAGGAGUACUCCAUAUUUUGUAAUUCAAAAUCGGUUCAUGUGUUAUUGAGAAUCGGAUUGUCUUAUCCGGAAAUAUUAUUUGUCACAUUUUCAAA